AUGCCUCUCGACAUUAUCCCGGCAGCAGUAAUUCCGGCCAGUAGUAGUUCUCGGGAUAUGCAAGAGGGAAGCUGGACUCUCCGCACUUCUCAAGGAAAUCAGCUGACCCGCCGAGGGAGGAGAGGAGGAUGCUUAAACUUGAACGGCUCCGUCACUUCACGAGCUGCUGCCAAGAGUGCUUGGCUGAUCAAGCGUGCGAUGAGCUGGGUUUUCCCUCCCCCGCCGAUGGGUACAGCACUUGCUGAGUAUGACAAAAUUCGUGCGCUCUGCUUGCAAUCAGCUACUGCCAGUGAAAAGAGUUCGGGCUUUGGCUCACUUAGCUACCGGUCGGCCGUAUCUCAGGUCCACCAGUACGUUACAGCCUGUGAUGUCAUAAUCAGUGAAUGGGAGUCUGCCCUAAAUAGUUUGACUUUGCGCACUGAUCGUUCCGGCGAUAGUGGUAUCUCGAUUAAACGGCGGAAUCCUGCUCGAAACGAGCGUGGCACGUUUGCGAUCAACCAUUACGUGGGUGGUUCUCUCGUCCAGCUCCCUUACGAUAACCAAGCUGUGACUGUUGGCAGUCUUGUCCCCGCUUCUUUGUCAACUCUCGGACAAGAAACAAGCCAUCUAGAGGCGACAUGUCAUGCCAACAUGCACGCCUUAUGUGACCAUUUCCCAUGGGACGUAAUUACCCGUGAGCCUUGGUACCGCUAUAAUUGGGUACUACUCAAAGGGUACGCUGAGAAGUCCCCUUUUGCAGCUUUGUGUGCUCUCUACGCAGCGUCACAUGCCAGAAGUACAUACUGCAAACAGAGGAUGCAAAAAGAAUUAUCGGAACGGAUUGGACAAGCAGUAAUGCGGAUACCGAUGUCCCUUUGGGGAAAUCUUGACUUCUCCAACGCCGUCAGGGCUUUUUGCGUGGACACAGGUGAAACUUCUGCUCACCGGUUCCUAGACGAAAGUAGCAUGAUGGCGUCUACCCUUGCAAUACGGAUAAUCAAUGAUGCUUGCGAUGUUCUCACAGAUAUGGCCACUCUGGAGCCCUGCAACACCUUUCUCAUGCUCUGCUCUAGAAGUAUGACCGAGAGGGCCGAUUGUUUCCUUCGAAAUUACGCUACAUGGGAAACAGACCACGAACUCUUGACCGGCAGCGCUGCCCUCAGUUUGGUUUACUCUAUAACAUUAAACCGUGGGUCGAUCCACGAGAAGAUACUACAGCGAUACGAGUCUGGGAAUUUCGCUAGGCGACCGCGUCCCUGUGCUGACUGUGCUCGCGCUACUGCCCAUGCUCCCCUCCUUACCGAAUGGGAAGAUCUACCGCCACCGUGUAGUCACCCAACCUCCUCUAUUGCAUACCCUGGAUUAUUCGGCGAAGCCCUUGACCGUUACAGGGCUAACGACCCUGAGGCCCUAUCUUUCCUGCGCCCCGAGUCAACAUUUGGUGGAGCGUUAACGCGUUACGCCCUCGACAUAAGUAUGCGCCGACCAGCCGAUGUCUCUUUGCUUGUGUCGCCCUUAUUGUCACUCCUGCUCAUAGAGAGUGAUUUGCUGUAUUGUGUGGGGGUCGACUCUAUACCUGUUGAAUACAUUGGCCCUCUGCUAUUGGAUGACUCCUGA